GAGAAACGUAUGUUGCCAAAGUCAACUGACCAGUCAUGACAUUGUUCACAAAUUUACAAAAUGAUGCAACACUUCCUAGGGCUGCUUCCUACUCACCAUCAGGACCAGUCGAUGAACCUGAGCAACCGGAAAAACGAAAGAAACCCAACUAUUAUCUUAUUGUAAUCGGAAUUUUGAGCGUGUUCCUUGCCUCUCUGAUGUCAGUCUUCAUUCGGGAGUUUGUCAACAAUAAACACAUGACGACGAAUCUGGAGCAGCUGCAGCAUUCAGUGUACAGCCAUGAGAAAAUACAUAAACUCCUGAACUCCAAGCGGCUCAACUACAUCUGGGGUCUUUGUGACCAGACCACACUGGAGUGCUCCCGCUGCCUGCCGGGGUGGACGGAGUACGCUUCCCGGUGCUUCUACCUGUCCAACAUGGAGAAGACUUGGGAAGAUGCUCGCAGGGAGUGCCUCGACUACAAGGGGGACCUUGCUGUCGUCCAGAACGAAAAAGACCAGGCGUUCUUGACGAACAUGACUUUCCAGGUUAAAAGCGCCAGUCCCAACGGUACGUUCCACUCAGCGUGGAUCGGGCUGCAGGACAUGGGGAGGGAGGGAGAGUUCUUCUGGGUCAAUGGAAAGAAACUCGAAUAUGAUGCCAGAUACUGGAUACCUGGUGAGCCCAACAACAAGAUAACUGUCUGGGACACUGAUCGGAUCGGUCAGGACUGCGUGUCCAUCCUACCGAAUAUUGUGGUCGGACAAAAGGGCUGGAUGAACAGCUGGGAUGACAUUACUUGUAUUGGGAGACGUCACUACAUCUGUGAGACUGAUGUCCUGAUUUUGCCCUUGGAUAGAAGUCGUCCUGUUCUAAAACAGAGACGUGGAAGAACACAGUCAAAUCAGAAAGAUGGUAUUAGGAACAUGUCAAUCCUGGAAUAAAAACUUUAAGAAUUUGAAAAA